ACAGCCAGAUGAUAACUUCAGUUCUGCUUUAUGUAUUUUGAAUAAUUUUUAGUACCAUGCUACCAGUUAAUUGGAUACGAUGUGCCUUGUUUCCAACGUUACUGUUUAGUCCCCAUCAGUCUCCAGGAACAGAUGCCAGCGGGAGCAGAAGUAAGACUAUAUUUAAGUGUUAACUAUAUUGAUUGUUUCAAACAGCUCUUGAAAAAGAGACACUGAUGUUGAACCCGCCCGCCCGCCCUCCCCUUGCCGGGUAAUAAAGGUGGAUAAAAUGUGAAAUAAGUCCUUGUGUAAUUUUUUGUUUGUUUUCUUUUCCCACGUUUCCGAUCACGAGAGAAAUGUUUCGUUCAAAUGUCGUACUAUUCACGAACAUUAACGUCUUGGAAAAAAGAGACUUAUGAAUUAUCUAAAGAGAAACUCGUGGCCUGAAUUGGGAAAUCAAAAUAAACAAGCUUGGGUCCCGUUCACACGAAUCCUGAUACUUUUGAAACCGCCGCAAACUCCACACGAACCGCACGAACCCUUUAAAAAGGCAGUUUCAAAAAUGUUCGAAAUACAUACUGAAUAACAUUUUUCAUACUUUCUUUAACAAAGACGAUGGUAAGACGUGCUUAAAUACCAUGAUAUAAAAUAUUAAUUUGAUUUACCUGUCUAGAUUUUUAAAAAGGAGAGCUGGCUGGUACUCUGUAAUUUCUCCCUCUCUCUAAGCUUGUUUGUCGAUUUUUGUUGUUACUUUCUUGGCGUAGCUUACUGUGAAACUCAGAAAACCGUGAACACCAGAAAUAUUUAUGGAAUGUUAUUGUGUUGCGACGAAAUAGCCAAUAAGGCAUGAGAAAACCAAACCGCAAACAGCAACGGUAGUUAGUUUGUGGUUUCGAGGUUUGCUCGCGUGUCUUGAAGUUUAUUGUGAUUGGUCACCACACAAUCAACAUUCCUGAAAUUUUUCAUGUGUUCACAGUAAGACUUGCUUGAAAGGAGUGUAGCAAAAUUUCGUGGGUCGUGGGUAGUGGGUAGAGGUCGUGGGUGUGGGUCGUGGGUCGUGGAUCGUGGUUGUGGGUGUGGGUAAAUGUCGUGGGUAAAAAAAUAUCUUCCAAACAAAGUAAAAGAUUAAAAAUUAAAUAGCAAAAAGUUGUAAAAUUCAUGAAACGAAAAUGUCUGCGUACAUACCAGUCCUAUUCCCCUUCCCCGCGGUCGGCAAAGCUAAUAAGCGAAUCCUUCAGUGCAAACAAACACUAAAAUGGCAUUUAGGUGAAAAAUUACCGAAAAAAAACUCUUUAUACUAUGUAAACCUGAAGCAGGCUAUAGAAAAACUGGAGACUGAACUGCUUUUUUCGUAAAGAUGUCAACAUUCGUGACUGAAACGUCCUUUCAGUUUAAGGAAUGAUAUGUCGAAUCGCUACAGCAAAGAUUUUGUACGCAAAACAAAACAAAAAAAAUCGAAAAAAUUGUAUUUCCGUACGGCAAUAAAAUUUACAUACAGACUCGCAUUAACUUGAAAGGUUAGGAAUGAUGGUAGUUCCUUCGUAAGGUGAGAGACCUAAAACUUCUUUAAGAAAGAAGACUUCUAUCCAAAGAUAUGAAAUACCUCAAAAUUGUAUUUUUUUUUCCCUCCCCUUUCUCACGGUGAUCGCAUUCCAUCGUGUUAAAAGAUCUCUGCUGAUCAUUGGAAUUGUAGAUCGAAUAAAGAUUAAUAAAGAGCAGCUAUUUCCAUUCAGCGAUUCAGAGCUGUCUCAUACUUUCUGCAAAUUGCAGGUGUUAUUUAAGUCUGCUUCGUUCAUUUCGCGGCGAUAGCUCAGGUAAGGAUAACUCUUCAUCGGCAACAUGCCUUUCAUACAGUGAUGUUGUGAAAGGGGAGCCAAGUAGUCCCACGUAGCUAAGGAAAUAUCAGGAAAAAGGACGAAGAAGCCGUGACGAAAAAGGCAAUUAAGGAGUUUGAGAUUUUCGAUAAAUAUUUUACAACUUUUUUCUAUUUAUUUCCUUCUUUUUUUUUUCAAUUGCUUAACUUUACUUUAUCAUUUUUUCUAUACUUUUUUUACCCACGACAUUUACCCACACCCACACCCACGAACCACACCCACGACCCACGACAUUUAGCUACACUCGCUUGAAAGUCUCAGUUGAUAAAAAUUUUACCACUCCGUCCCCUCUUCGCCGUCCCCCCUUGGUCAUUUUCGUCCCUGUUUCUACGCAUGUCAUUUUACUCGAUAUUUUGUCUAAAACUAAAACCUUGACGUUUCUUUCCGCCUGCAAGCUUAUCAUUACAAAUGUUCGUGCUCUUAUGGAGACAAAGUGUAUAACCUGGCUCCUCUGCAAACAGAUGAAGGUGACGAUCCGAGGUUUGUAAAGCAUUAACGGCAUUAACGUAAGGUAGCAUUCCAGUAGUUCUGAGUAAACUGGGUCAAAUUUCCAAUAUAACGUAAACGUAAUCUAGCAGUAGAUUACUUACAGGGGAUAAGACCUCUUAACGCCCUGUCUUCUUUAUCCGAUUAAAUAUUUGUAACAAACUUUUCUCUUCUCAAACUAAUUAAUAAUUCAUAAAGAAAAUACAUAGGAAAGUAAUGUUAAAUGAGUGUUUGGAAAUCAGAUGAAAAACUGCUCAAUUUUACAUCAAUAAUUCUUCCUUCUAAAAUCAUUUUGAUUAAGAAAUAAUAUUUAGCUGCAAGCGCCUAUAAAAAGCGGGAAUUUUUGCGCGAAACACACACCUUUGUGGCUUCUGAUUGGACACAUCAUUUUUCUCACAUGCCGGUAAAAACAUCGUGAGCGAUUCUUAUUGCACGUAUCAUUUUCUCCUAGCUACACGUGUGAAAAUCAUCGUUCGCUCUUCUGAUUGACUAGAAUUCAUUUGCUUAUGAACACUUUACGAGCUAGCUUUUUGUUCAGCAUUUCUCAGUAUGGGGUGUCCGUAAAGUCGGGGUCUAUCUUUUUUUUUUUUUAGAGUUAGAGUUAGGGUUAGUAUACAUCCUAACCUUAACCCUAAACCCAGCCCUUGAACACCAUUCUUUUUAAAAAAAACAUACACGGUAGAACCCGACCCCGCGUUUUACUGACAUCCCUCGGUAUGUAUAUAAUCAAUAUCUUUAAGUCUAUAAUAAAUGCAAAACUAGUUAUUUAUACACCAAAAAUAAGAGAAACUGUUCUUAAUUACUGAUUUUAAAACAGGGUUUUUUACGUGGACGGCACGCGAAAUUGGAGGUACGGUUACAGUCCUUGUCGCUCCUUCUCCAUAGGCCCGAGUGAUGGUCAGUGUACCGGUGAUAAUGUAGCUGUAAGUAUUUAA